AUGUCUUUACUAGAACAAUUUUUCAAGAAACAAGUACUUGUAUUGACAGCUGAUGGUAGAAACAUUGUAGGAACAUUGAUAGGCUUGGAUCAAACCACAAAUAUUAUAUUGGAGAAAUGUCAUGAGAGAAUCUACUCACCCGAUGAAGGUGUAACAAAGUAUAACUUGGGUAUUCAUCUAAUCAAAGGUGAUGAUGUUGCUGUAAUAGGAGAGAUUGAUCAAGAGUUGGAUGCAAUAGUUGUGGUGGUAAUGACAAUUGACAAGUUUGAUAUUGAAAAGAAAGCUGCAGCAUCGUUGGAUCCCCCCAAACAAACAGAUAUGACCGCAGUGACGGUAAAGACAGCUAUCAAGAGUUUCAACAAAUGUACUUUGUUUGCAUUGAUUUUGUUGGGCACAUUCUAUUACUUGCGUCAUCGUUUCUUGACAAUUAUCAGUUAA